AUGUCCCCUCCUGGACUUGCUUUGUCUGUAAUCGAAAAAGGGAAAAGGUCGCUGAUUCCGAGCUGGUUCGGUGGGCGAAGGAGCGAUGUGUUCGACCCCUUCUCCCUCGACCUCUGGGACCCCUUCAAGGACUUCCCUUUCCCCAGCUACAACUCCCUCUCGACUAAUUUCCGGGAGAACUCGGCAUUCGUGAACACGAGAAUCGACUGGAAGGAGACGCCGGAGGCGCACGUGUUCAAGGCGGACCUGCCGGGGCUGAAGAAGGAGGAGGUGAAGGUCCAGGUCGAGGAUGAUCGGGUUCUCCAGAUCAGCGGUGAGAGGAAUGUCGAGAAGGAGGACAAGAACGAUACCUGGCACCGUGUGGAGCGGAGCUCCGGCAAGUUCUUGAGGAGGUUCAGGCUCCCUGAGAAUGCGAGGAUGGAUCAGGUCAAGGCCUCCAUGGAGAAUGGGGUGCUCACCGUCACUGUCCCCAAGGUCGAAGAGAAGAAGCCAGAGGUUAAGGCCAUUGAGAUCUCGGGUUGAGGUUUGAUUGGGGAUUCUGAGUAAAAGAAAGUAGAUCUUCAUUGGAGCUAUGUCAAGAUGGUGUACGAUCAUCGGUCCUGUUCAGUGUAUGAUGUAAUUAGUGGUCCUUGGCGUUAUGUAUAUAUAAAUCAUCGUUAUAUAAGUUAAAUUGCAAAUCAUCGUGCGAGUUGUAAUCUUUCAAUGUGAUCUAUGAAGAAGCCAUUCUGCUCGGUUUUGCCUGGCAUGCUCUCCAA